AUGGGUCAGACGCUCUCAGAGCCCGUAGUCGACAAGAAAUCCGAAAAUGGCGAGGGCGAGUCGCUCAUCUUCGGUGUCUCUUCGAUGCAGGGCUGGCGGAUCAGCAUGGAGGACGCACAUGCUACAGUGCUCGACUAUGCUGGCGAGCAAGGCAAGCCGACCGCUACCGACAAGCGACUAGCCUUCUUUGGUGUAUACGACGGCCACGGUGGUGACAAGGUUGCUAUCUACACGGGCGAGAAUCUGCACCAGAUCGUCGCAAAGCAGGAAGCCUUCAAGAAAGGCGAUAUCAAGAAGGCUCUUCAAGAUGGCUUCCUUGCGACAGACAGGGCGAUAUUGAGCGACCCCAAGUAUGAAGAGGAAGUCUCUGGAUGCACGGCCACUGUGGGCAUACUGUCACACGACAAAAUCUACGUGGCAAACGCUGGCGAUUCGCGCACUGUCUUGGGAGUCAAGGGCAGAGCGAAGCCACUUUCAUUUGACCACAAGCCGCAGAACGAAGCCGAGAAAGCGCGUAUCCAAGCUGCAGGUGGCUUCGUUGAUUUUGGCCGUGUCAAUGGCAACCUUGCCCUGUCUCGCGCAAUAGGUGACUUCGAGUUCAAGAAGAGUGCCGACCUUCCUCCAGAGCAACAAAUAGUCACGGCGUUCCCGGACGUUGAGAUACAUGAGAUCAACCCUGACGACGAGUUCUUGGUGGUAGCGUGUGAUGGAAUCUGGGAUUGCCAGUCUUCUCAGGCUGUCAUCGAGUUCGUCCGGCGCGGAAUCGUGGCGAAGCAGGAUCUUGCUUCCAUUUGCGAGAACAUGAUGGAUAACUGCUUGGCUUCAAACAGUGACACUGGAGGGGUUGGAUGUGACAACAUGACUAUGAUUGUCGUUGGUCUGCUGCAGGGAAGGACGAAGGAGCAGUGGUAUGAGGACAUUGCGAAGAGGGUCGCGAAUGGAGAGGCUGAAUUCCGCGGUCCUGGUGUUCAACAUCGCAUUGACGAUAGCAAUGAUGACAUCGACAUGGAACUUGACAGUCGCUUCCGACCUAACAGCGGUUCAGGGGGCCGUAUCAUACUUCUUGGAGAUGGUACAGAAAUCUCCACCGACGGACACGACGGCGAAAUGUUCAGCAAUGAGGAUGAGGAGAAAGACCUUGACUCGCAAGUGAAUAAGUAUACGCGAGAAGCCUCCAACACGCGCAGCGAACGUGAGGGCACAGCCAGCCCUCAAUCCAGCACUGCCCAGGUGACCGAAUCGCCAUCCUCGGUACAAACCGAAAAGUCCGACGCUCCUGAGUCUGACAAGAAGACGGCAACUGGCGCGACCAAAACAAGUGAGAAGUAG